CUGGCUGCACAGGAGAGAAUGAGGACAUUCAUUUACUGCUUCAUUGCGUUAUACAGGCAGACAGACCUGAUGCACACUCACUGACUGCCUCUCUCACUCACUCACUAGCUGCUGCCUCUGUCGCUCUCUCCUUCAUACACACACUGUCUCUCAACCCUCUUCCUCCCUCUCAGUCUGCCUCUCUAACUCUCAUUCUCCCUCGUUCUUUUACUCUCUUCUCUUUCUCUCUCUCUUUCUCUCUCUCGCUCUCCCUCUCUCUCCUUCACACACACACACUCACUCUUUCUGUAACUCUCUCUCCCUAUCACACUCUUACACACACUUACACAUGCACACAUUCACUCUCUCUCCUCAUUCAACUCAUUCUCAGCCACGGGUCAGCAGCACAGACAAGCACCUUAUUCCAGUCCAGCUGGAGAGAGAAGCAUCGCAAGGUGCACGCAUCGCAAGACAGGACACUGACUGACUCUGCAGCCGUAAAAGAAGGAGGCAAGCCAAGGAACAGAACAAGCUUUCGGAGAACAAGGAAACAACAUAAAAGAACAGAUUGCUUUUGGCAAUGGAUUUACAAAGUGAAUCGUUUUCCAGUGAAUAAAAGCUGAAAGACAAAGAGGAGAUCAUCAGACACACAAGUUAAGAAACAAACUCAUCUGGGAAAGAGGACUGGUUGGAAGCCCAGGUUCCUCUCUGCUCUGCUGAUUGGAAGCCCAUGUUCCUCUCUGCUCUGCUGUUUGGAAGCCCAGGCUACUCUUUGCUCUGAUCCUCAGUGACAGGGUCUGCUGCCCCCUCGAUCAUCACCCCUUCCCACCCUCAGAGAGCGACCACUCACCUGGACCACACAGCCCGGGUCUCCAGCCAGCCAGCAUGCAUACUGCCUGUGCAAUGUGCACCUUGGGAGUCUGACCCACCAUGUGCAGAUGGAUGCCACCCGUCGCUAGUCUCCGUCCUGACCUCGCUGCCAUUGGCAUUGCCCACGCUGGGCUUCCGCCCCUUCCCAGUGCUGCAUCUCUUCGGUUGGCGUUCCUCACCCUGCUCCUGGUGGCUGGCACAGCUCUGGGGGGCUGCCCGCUCGGGGUAGGGCAUGAACCCCUCCAAGUACUGGCAAGAGGCAUCAACUGCUCAUGGACACUGGAGCGGCACACACGCAGUUACAAUCACCUAGAGGGCGACGUCCGACUACGGCGGCUCUACUCCGCCAACAAGUUCUUUCUCUGUAUUGACAAAACAGGCAAGGUAGACGGCACCAGGCGGAAAAACUACGCUGAAAGUCUAAUGGAAAUCCGAUCUGUCAGUGUGGGAGUCGUCGCCAUCAAAUCGGUCAGCACCGGGCUGUACUUAGCAAUGUCCAAAAAAGGCACACUCUUUGGAUCGGUGAAGUACAACCCUAACUGUAAGUUCAAGGAGCGCAUCGAGGAGAACGGCUACAACACGUACGCCUCCCUGCGCUGGAAACACGGCGGCAGGCAGAUGUUUGUGUCUCUGAACGGUAGGGGGAAGCCCCGGCGAGGUCACAAAGCCCGGAGGAGACACCCCUCCACCCACUUCCUCCCCAUGCUGCCCUCAUAGCUGGACAACAGGGCUCUGCUCUGCUUUGCAACCAGCCCACCACAGUCCCAGUCCCUCCUACUAGUGUUGUUGUUAUCAAGUUAACUAAUGAUGAUAUUAUUAUUAUUAUAUACAUCCUCUCUCCCAUAUAUGUACAUUUGUUGGGGUUUUAUACACAAUUUUGUUUGUCGAGAUCGCAGUGGGGGCAUAAUACAGUACGUUUAAGUUAUUUCUUUUUUAGUGUAAGGUCCAGAAGUAAAGCUGCUACUAUUGUGUAAAUACAGCAUGUCUAUUAUUAUUAUGAUUGGUUAUCAAGCUGAGGGAUGAUAUUGAUGACGCUCUUCUGUGUUAAGGGGUAAUUUUGACACCACCGUCUUCUGCAAAAGUGUGUAAUUGAAACAUAUCCCCCCUUUAAAGGGUACGAGAAUUGUCUAUAUAUUGCCUCCCACCCAUCCCAUCAUUUCUGUGACACUACAGGAGACAAUGCUUUUCCUUGAGUGACCUUACAAUAUGCUAUUAAAGCAAAUAACUGGUGAGAGAAACCUGACAAACAGUGAACAGAUUUGAACAUUGAUUUAGGUUGUCAAAUAUGUUCAUCUGAGCAAGUAACUAAAGCAUUUGAGAGAGGACUCUCGUAAGAUACUGAAAGGCCUUUACAAUAAAAGGACUCUUGCACUUGACUGGACUUCAGAGGGGACAGAAUUCCUUGUUGACGAAAACAUUUGGACUGAACGUUGAUACCCAUGGAUGUAUGCUAUAAGACAAAAACAUAAACUGACGACAUCUGGCUAUGGGUUAUUUUGGGUUUCUGAAAUGAGUGUGAGCUCUGCAGAAGUCCCACUGGGCAAAAACUGGUUGAAUCAACGUUGUUUCCACAUCAUUUCAACAGAAUAAUUCAGUGUGAUGACGUUGAAUCAACGUGAAAACUGAUUGGAUUUUCCACCUAAAUGUUUACCUAAAUUCAAUGACAUGGUGACUCAACCAAAUGUAAAUCCAAACUAGAUGUAGAAAUUACAUCUGUGCCCGGUGGGGUGUGCUUUAGCCUCCUUCUCUCAUUCAAUAAUCCUACACCACUAGCUCAGGGGUCAAUCUUUGAAAGUGGGACUCAUGACAUUGUCUCUGAUAUGUUAGUUCCAGAGUUCAGUAGUUAAAUGCAUACGGUACUCCGUUUGAAACACGUUGAGCAUUUGAGGCUGUAUGUACACUUCUUCACAGUGCUAAGACUACCCAUUCAUUUCUAACGUAUGGUAACUGGUUAUUGCAUUAUCUUGUCAGGUCUUGUUAACAUUUUCAAAAACCUGUUGCAAAUAGAACUUUUAAUAUAUUUAAGCCUUUUUGUACCGUAUAACAUUUGAAGUUGAUGUUAUUGCCUCCAUUUUGUGUCUAGUCUGAAAAUCCUAACUGUAAUCCAUUCCAUAUUUUAGUCUAUACUGUAUGUUACUGUAAUAUGGCACCUCGCAAUCAUCAUCUACUGAGCGGUCAGCAAUGACAGUAUCUACCAGAACACCCGUUUCAACUAUCAGUCAGCUAUUAAGCAGACAAUAUUGGUCUGUCAAUUGAAUACUGUCAUCAUAACAACAUAAGCGAGUGCCUUGAUUCAUGUUCAGCCUGGUGAACUUCAAUAAAAUGCACAUAAAUGACACAA